AGACACAAGUGCCAAUGAAAGGAUAGCGGGAUGGCUGCUGAGAACAGAGAUGCAAUAUUUUGGUAUCAGAAGAAAAUUGGAGCGUAUGACAAACAAAUAUGGGAAAAAUCAGUAGAACAGAAGGAGAUAAGGGUUAAGGGUUUUAAGGAUAAACCUAAGAAGAUGGUUUAUAUGAAGUCUGACUUGAUUGAUGUAGAUCUGGUCAGAGGAUCAACAUUUGCCAAAGCGAAACCUGAAAGUCCUUGGACAUCUCUUACUCGGAAAGGUCUUGUAAGAGUGAUGUUAUUUCCAUUGUUCAGCAGAUGGUGGAUAAGAGUUACCAGCCCUGGAGUUUUCACUUGGCUGCUGGCACUCUACAUCUUGCAAGUGAUCUCAAUAGUGCUGUAUUGCUUGGUGCCUGUGGCAAGUGUGAGUGAGCAGGCUGGACAAAUGUGCCUAAUGCUGCUCCUAGGAACGGUUCAUUGUCAGAUUGUAUCUACAAAGACCAAUAAGGUAUCCGGAUCAGGCAGAGUCAAGAGACAGAGAAAGUUUCAGAGAAGUUGA